UUAGGAUGGAAUUCCUGAGAAACAUGAGAAUGGAACUGUUCCUUCUGGCCUGGACUGUAAAUAUGAAUCGGUAACUAUGAGUCGUCAGUUCGAGUACGAGUUGAAACGGAUGUUGCAACAAGAGCUUCGGCGACUACAAGAAAAUGCUUCGUUCCAGAAAUUGUCUGGACCUUGUCAAACUAAAUUCAAAAGUGAAUUACAUGAAGACUUUAAGACUAAUUUCCAGAACAUAUUCAGUGAAGCAUUUCAGGAAGCAUCAGCUCUGAUAAAAUCGACAGAGUCUGCAGAAGUUAAAUUAGCUCAUGAAUCGCCUGAAGGAGAAACAACUUCCCAGGUGAAACUUACUGCUGAAGUUGAGCAAAGAGAAGAACAGGUAUCAUAUUCAGCAACUUCUCAUAUGUCUUCAACUACUGUAUCCAAAGAAUGAUAAUCUUUCGAGUUCUUCAUGAUCAAUUGGCGGGCUAGACAUAUGGAUUUGAUUGUUAUGAAUUUUAAACAAAGAAUGAGAAUGAUUUUGUGCUUCCAUAAGGCAUAUUAUUAUGCCAAACUAUCAAUUUAUGUAACUUUAGGAGGAUUUUAAUUGUAAUAAUUUUGGAAUUUAUUAGUUUCAAUGUCAUCUAUCAAUGUUUCAUA